GCAGCCAAAGAUUGCUGUGGUUGCAGAGAUUAGGCGGCUGGGUUGAGACCUCUGUCUCAUGUUUAGGUGGAUGUCAAAUUCCGUGGUUUGUCAUUUGCAGAUACAGCUGCAACGGACGGCAUUAGUUUCCUGUCGACUCUGCGCUUGUUUAUGUUGAUGGGAGGCUGCGUCGCGCUAAUGCGUUAGCUUACCAAAAAAAAUCAUAGUUUUAUCGUAAAUGGAAGCAAUUAAAUAGCCAGACGGGCAGCUAUGUGCCAUCAAACGGUCCGCUUCACUUGACUUAGGAUGGAAAGAUUUUCUCGGGCAACGCUAUCACACAAGUUACACGUCGGAUACAUCGCACUCGAAGACGUUAUCUUCAGAGGAUAACCUGGAUAACCUUACACGAAAUGUCAUAGCGCGUAAGCAGCUAGCACUUAGCUAGCUUGGUAAUGGCUGGACGAGAUGGAGAAGGACCUAAUGUUAUCAUCAUCAGCACCCGACCAUGAACAGCUGGAUGGAUAGCUAACGGAAUACUUUCUCCGGAGAUGCUUUAGCCUCCUGGGUGGUGUAAUUCACUUACAUAACGGCUAGUCGCAACCGCUCUAGCUAUCACCAACUGGCUUGUGUUGGCAAGCAAAGGGGAAUUUUGCCACCAAAAAUCUGGGUUGUGUCAGCAUCAUCGUAAGUGGCAGAGGCAUCACUGCAUGUUUCGAGGCUGCACAUAGACUUGCUUGAAGCGUCGGGCUCGUCAGGUUCACAGUCCGACCUGCAUUAUUAUCUGUCAGUGCAAUAACUGAGUGCACAGGAAAUAAGCAGCCCGUCUGCGUGAUUGAAGCCGCAAACACCCCUCCUGUCGCUUCGACAACAUGAGGAAGUUCUUUGAUUCGCGUCGGGAGUUGGUGAGCUCCGGGCCUGGUUCUGGAGGAGGAGGUGGCAGCUCCGGGUCCAGUCAUGCAGGCGGAAAUUUCAUUGGCAGAGCCUUCACUGUCGGCCGGCACCAAGUCACUGUUGAGGAGAUCAUAGCUGAAGGUGGUUUUGCAAUUGUGUUCCUUGUGCGAACAAAUCAAGGUGUGCGUUGUGCCCUGAAGAGGAUGUAUGUCAACAAUGAGCAUGAUCUGCAGGUGUGCAAGUGCGAGAUUCAAAUAAUGAAAGACCUUGUCGGUCACAAGAAUAUUGUUGGUUAUCUGGACUCCAGUAUUACGGCUAUGGGAUCGAGGGAUGUAUGGGAGGUUCUCAUACUUAUGGACUACUGCAAGGGUGGGCAGGUAGUCAAUUUGAUGAACCAGAGGCUGCAGACUGGCUUCACCGAGGCUGAGGUGCUGCAGAUCUUCUGUGACACCUGUGAUGCUGUUUCUCGCCUGCAUCAGCGCAAGACACCCAUCAUCCACAGAGACCUUAAGGUGGAGAACAUUCUCCUGCAUGACAAGGGUCAUUAUGUGCUGUGUGACUUUGGCAGCGCCACUAACAAGUUCCAGAGCCCACAGACCGAAGGAGUGGCCACCGUGGAGGAAGAGAUCAAAAAGUACACCACUUUAUCAUAUCGUGCCCCAGAGAUGGUGAACCUCUACAACAACAAGAUUAUCACCACAAAAGCAGAUAUCUGGGCGCUGGGCUGUUUGCUGUACAAGUUGUGCUUCUUCACUCUGCCCUUUGGUGAAAGCCAGGUGGCCAUCUGCGAUGGCAGUUUCACCAUUCCAGAUAACUCCCGCUACUCUUAUGAUCUUCACUGCCUCAUUCGGUACAUGCUGGAGCCAGACCCAGACAAAAGACCAGAUAUCUACCAGGUUUCCUACUUUGCUUUUAAACUAGCUCAGCGGACCUGCCCUGUUCAGAAUGUGAAGAAUUCCCCUAUUCCUUCUAAACUUCCUGAGCCAAUCAAAGCGAGUGAGGCUGCUGCAGCAAAGAAGAGCCAGACUAAGCCCAGGCUGACGGAUCCAAUUCCUACCACUGAAACCUCCAUCACCCCUCGCCAGAGGCCCAAAGCAGCCCAUACCCAGCCUGCGGCUGGCAUCCUACCCAUCCAGCCUGCUGCUCUCACCCCUCGAAAGCGGGCUAAUCUCCCUGGUGGUGCAGCUCAGCCUGUGGGAGUCAGUUUAGACCUCUCUCAGCCAGCUGCAGCUCUGCAGUCACAGAAAGCGCAGACUUCAGUUCUGCCACUCAUCCAGUCACAAAACAAUUCAAGUCAGGCUGCAGCUCCACAGAAGCAGCCGGUGCAGCCAGCCGCAGCUACAGGAGCAGAGACUACAACAACAGCAGCAUGCGUGUCACCGGUGACCAAGACUGACGUCCAGCCACAAGCACAACCGAUAGUUCAACAACAGACCACGCCUCCCUCCGUGGCCGGCGCCACCUCCCAGCAGGCAGCCCAGACUCCAUCGAGCCCGGCCCCACCUCAGCGCCCAGCUCGACGCAAGCAGGCUGGCCAGGCUCAGCAGCCGGCAGCUCAGCCUUCACCCAACAAACCGGCCUCUGGUCAGCCGCCUGUACCUCUUCAGCAGCAGCAGAUAACUCAGCCAUCAGCUGCCCAGGCUCAACCUGCCUGCACUGAGAUCAGCCAGAAACCAGCUGACACAACUCCACCUGGUUCUCCAAAGACGACCGAAGAACGAGGCCACCAACGAAUGCCGAGUGAUGCCGCAGCGAGCGCCGUUGCUGGAGCCCCAGUGAGUGACUCCCCACAGGGAGCUAACGGAGACGCUGCCCUCAACCAAUCACUUACAUCUCAACCGAGCACCACCCAGCCUGUUCAGCUCGGUGUUAGUGAUGCAGGACAAGACCAAAACAAAUCUGGAGCUGCUGCUGUUCCUGCGGCCGGCGGCGCCACUGACACUCCCACGCCACCUGCGUGGAACCCGUUUGACGAUGACAACUUCUCCAACCUCACAGCAGAGGAAUUCAAAACCGAGGACAAAAAGCCUGCUGAACCUCCCUCAGAACUUGAGCCAACAUCCUCUGAGGAGUUGAUACCAGGCCUGCAGGCCUCAACUGUGGAAGAUACACCCCAAGAAACUGCUGAAAAACCAGCAGCCAUCGUUGAUGUGGAUUCAGGAGCAUCCCUGUUGAUUGUCCCCGAUCCUUUCGGUACCCUUGACCUGUCAGAUGCUCCAGAGAAGCUGAUUGAAGGACUCAAAUCUCCAGACACGUCUUCACUCAUGCUUCCAGACCUCUUGUCACUGUCUGAUCCCUUCGGUGGCUCUGUGGAAGAGUCUGCAAAAGACCCUCUCACUACAGACGACUCUCUGCUGGGCUGCUCUCUGAUCUCCGGUCCGUCCGCCCCUCCGGUAGCGACCAGCGCCACCUCCUCCGUCUCCUCAGCUCCCACCUCCGCUGCCUCUGCUUUGGAUGAUUUCAGUCUGUUGUCUGGAGACUCUGCACAGCCUAAAGCAGACUCAUCUCUCCUGAUCUCAGACUUCGAGCCCCAGCAAGCCAGCGCAGAGGCCGGCACCGAGGACGAGUUUGAUCCUAUUCCCGUCACAGGCCGAAAGAACUCCCAAGUUUCAGGAGGCCACUCGCGCAGUAACAGUGGCGGCUCUGAAUCCAGCCUGCCCAGCUUGGCCCGCUCCCUGCUGCUGGUGGACCAGCUCAUCGACUUGUAGGCGCCCCCCCGCCCCCACACCCCCACCCCAGUAGAAGCUGUAACUCUGGAUUAUAGACUGGCAUAGCAUAACGGCAAUCAACACUUCUGUCAUAGCUAGCUUCCUGCACCCCCUGGCUGUCAUCUCCAUUCUAGCUCCUACAGUAGAAACGGCCUUCGCCUUUCAGUGCUUCUUCAUUCCCGCCCUCUCCGCCGUAUCAAUUGCAUUAUCUGGCUUCUCUUCACCUCUCAUCUCUCACCCUCUCACUCACAUUUUCUCUUUGUUGUAGUCUCCACACAGCACGUAUCUAUCAGUUAAAGAGUGGCCAGUACACUAACGUCAUCCUUUCUAAAGACGAACCAUUCCAUCUUUCUGUCAAUCAGGAUAUAAUAUUGCUAUCCCGUUUGUUUGAACAAUAUUGCAUUAUGUCUAAUAGCAAACAAUAGAAAAUCAUUGUUGUAAUGUACAAUAGGCAUAGUUAGUGGUUGUAGUUAUUAUGGUGCACAAGUGAAUUUGUCGUCGUUUGCCUUUUAAAAUUCUCCUCCCAAGAUUUAUUUGCACAUUUUAAAGUAAAACCACGGAAAAGUUAAAUGAGCAUUUGUUCAAAUGAGGUCAGUUUCUUUCUUCUAUAAAGGGAAACUUAGUCAUGUAGCCUGAUUUGCACAGUAGCAUAAAUGUUACCUCUGUCAGGGCUGUUAGAUGGAAUAAUCAUUUAAAGCUGCUAUAGAUCAGACUGAAAAGUUACAUCCGGCAGUCUGGAGACAAAACAGCCAUAACCACACGUCCUGCAAACGCCACACAAGGUUAUUGUGAUGAAGAGCAGGGAUCGAAAGGUUUCCCAGAUCAGACUAAACAGCGAAGUGCCAUAAAAUAAUCUGCGAAGCAAGCCGCUGACUGGUGAAAACAAUAUCCGACCGUUCAAAGUGAACUCCAGACACGCUGUACUGUCCAGACGAGGACCUGUUAGUUUAAGCUUACUUUUCAUUUUAUCCUCAAGGCAAGCAAUAUGUUGUUUUUGGAAUUAAAUGGCAAAUCAGGGUCAUUUAACGGUGUAUUUAGCGGUGCGCCGUAUCAGUAGAAGAUGCAUGAAAUCAUGAAAAUAAUUUGAAUAAUCAACAGUGAUAGUAAAUAGUAGGAAUACAGUAGCUCUUAUAUAAAUAUGGAGAGAGAGAGACAGCAUUCAUGCCUAUUCAGGUCAUUUUUUGGCACUAACAGUAACAGUCUAAUAUGGCAUUUUAAACACUCUUUUUUCUUUUAUUUUAAUAUCAACACUCAUUCCGCACUGUGCAAUCCCUCCUACAUUCCUGUCAUGUGUUUACUCCUGAUUUAUGUAAAUAGAUAUCUGCCACCCCUGCGGCCUCUUAUCCAGACCAUAGAAUUGGUUAUUCUUCCCGUGUAUAUACUAAGUCAUUGUCAUAAAGCUUUACUUGUGGAAAACAUAUUGCUUUACUUGUGAGCUCUCAUAUAUAUAUCUAUAUGUAUAGAUAUAUAUAUGAAUGAAAAAUGACAUUGUUUUCCUGUUAAUAAAUGUUAAUAUGAAUAGAGUGUUAGAGAAUGAAUGUAAGAAAUAAAUAUUAGUCUAUAAUAAAAAAUAUCUAUGAUUCUUAACACCAUAAUCACUGAAUAAUAUUGAAGAAUACUCUAUAUAGAUAUUUCAUUCCUCUUUGUGGAAUUGUGUGUUGAGAAAGUUUUUUUUCUUGGUUAUAUCUGAAUAUAGAUAUCUCAAUUAUUGUCAGUACAUUAAACCUUAUCGAUGAUAAUCCUGGUCUUUGCUCCACCUGGAGAUUAGGCUGAAUCCCAUGUCUUACUCCACCUCCUCUCCCUCUGUGAAAAGAACGUGAGCCUGUGUUAUGUUUGUUUACAUGGACUGACUGACGAAGGAUUAUAUUUUUAUUGGAAACAGUUUUCUGGAAAGUGGGAUCUUAACCUCCUGAGUCUCGGUCCUGCUUCAUUUCAGCGGUAAACUACGAACCUUUUUUCUGAACUUGUGCUUUGUAAAGCUUUGUUUCGCUUUACCGGUUUUGGUGAUCACAGAAUUCAUAUCGAAAAGCAUGGCGGUGUUGUUGAAUGUUAUGUUCAUGUGUGUUGGUAUACACAGUGUUAUGAUAAGUAUGUGUGCGUGUGUGUGGAGUCAGAAUUGUUGGAUGUGUUUUCCAGUAGCCUACUUGUGUUGUUGUUUGCUGCAAAUAUGGCGACCGUCACGUCGCCAUUAAGAUCUCCUCUAAAAGCACAGCCCCACCCCCAACCCGCCUCUUCCUAAAUUCUCUCAGGAAGUCAGAGCUACAUCACUCUCUCUGAGAGUCGGAUACGUAUUGGCUUACUGCUCCCCAGUCUCAUUGUCCGCCGGAAGUCUGCGGUCCGUAUUACAGCUAAGAGAACUUGUCUGAUGGGUAAUGUGCGACGGGCUCUGUGAAGUGUGAAAAGGUUUAAUCUGCCAGGGACGCUGCUGCAGCAGUGGGUUGGUUAUCAGGCAACGUGAAGUCAGCAGCCCAGGGUUUGAAAAAUCAGCUCCAGUCAGCAAUAUAAAUGUUUCUGUAGGAUCAAACAAAGUUAUUUUUGCCUCCUGUGCAUGCUCACAGUGGGAAGACUACCUCCACCUCUUUUUUUUCCAUUUUGUCAUGUCAGAAAGUGAUUUCAAAUAACAUUAAUAGUACAGUAUGUCUCGUGAGAGCUACUUCUGGAAAGGAAGUUAGCAUAAGUUUAAAUAAUCAGGAUUUAUUGGUUUUUUUUGUUAUUUAAGCAUAACAAGAAAUUUGAAUGACAAACAGAUCUGUCAUAUUGUCGUCUAAUGCUGAGAAAGUGCACAAAUCUUAAUGGACACGUGCUAGUUAGAUACAGUAUAUAAAGUAGUUACCUGUUGAAUGACUGAAGUCAAGGCAGCAAUAUGAAAUAAAUAGUGGUGCCAAUAGCUUGGAAGCCAGUUAGUGACCUAAUCACAUGCCCUUCAGGAAAUUCAUGAUAAUUAAACAUUUUUAAAACACAAUUUUAUUCAUUAACCCCCAAAACAGUAUUUCAAGUGGAACUCUCUUUUUCAGAUUUUAAAUGACGUCCAGUCUCCCAUGUGAAACUGAAGGCUCAUGUUUUUUUAAGUCAUCCUCUCCACGAUCCUUCCACUGAACAACUCAAUCAUUUGCAGUUACUGUUUGAACCUAUGCAACUCCCGAGCUUCUUCUCCCCCUGUAGCCUGCCAGUGUGCUGUUGUAAUCGGUUAAAGCCCAGCGGCUAGUGAGAUUAGUCCUUGAUGUGAAACAGAAGCCCCUCAUUUUCUCUGUUGUUUUGCCAAAAAUGGAAGCUGUCGAUGAUCUGAUACUAUUGAGUGUUUUGAGACGCCUCUUGUCUUUAUGGCCCAAACCUGCGUCAGAGCUGUGGUAUCGUGUGCUCCUUCUAUUUUUGUGAGAUAAUUAAAGAAUUAUAAAGGGAUGGCAAAUAAAAUACAAAUGUGAAUGUCAACGUGUUGAGUAUUGAUUGCAAGGUUUUCUUAUAUUAUUCUUGUCUAGAAUCCUGGUGGAUGUAACUCAACAAAAGUGCAUGAUAUUUACACAAAAUACUGGGUUCAUAAGGUUUUGUCAGUAAAAGAAGAAAUGUCAGUGUUUGUAAGUAUAUUCCAUGUUUGUUUUAUUCAUAGUCCAAUGAUUAAACUCUCAUACUCCACUCUCUGUUUCCAGGAUUUGAGAAGUACUACUAACUACAUCCGGCAUGUGAAAAAGUUAAAAUCAUGACCUUAAAGCCUUUUGUGCUGUUGGUGUGGAGUUAGAGAGAAGUGACCUCUGCAGCCUCCUCCAGGCUAGCAGCUCCAGGCUGCAUUAGCCACUACUAGCAUAAUGCACCUAAAGGCUGCAUUGUGGAUAAUGCAGGCAGCAGGUUUUGACAAGGAGGAAUCGAAGGAAUGAAAAAGACAAACUAUCUGGUUCUGCUGCAUCACUUUUUACCCUUUUUGUCAAUCGUGAGUCCCAGAAUUUUCCAGGAGUGCAAUGCUAAAUCGAUGCUUCUCAUCAGACUUGCAUGCAAAUGUACCUGCACGAAGUCCUUUGGGUGAGAGAGUAAGGCCUUGAAUUAUCUAGUAAAUGACUUGUUAAUGUGUAGUGUAAUAUAGUAGGGCAGGUUCAAUUGUCGAAUGCACUAAUCAUAUUGUUAUUCUGCUCAAAUAGCAGGUAAAUCCCCACAGGUAAGACCAAACAUCAACUUCAUGCCCCAUUACAAUGUCAGUCCAUUUGACCGAUCAAUCAUAAAUCAUCUUAACUUAGACAGUUUGUCCACCGGAGAGCACUGACAAGUUUACUUUUCAACUGUAAAACGUUUCGCUCAGUCCAGACGUCCACAACUCUACAAUAACCAAAUUCAACAGGUAAUAUCAUAGAUGCUUCUCAUGUGUUCCAUACAUAUGUUAUUAUGGAUUGUUUUGUUUUUUGUUUUUUCCCAUCCAGUAUAGGUCAGGCUAUUUUUUUUUUUAUACUGAGCUUACUGAUACACAUCAGGAUGCAGUAAAUGCCAUUUAAAGAACACAGGAAUAUGUUGCACCUUUGCCAUAUUACUAUGAGUUUUACUUUUUUUUCCCACUUCCUUUGACCAGUUUUGCAUCACUGGGUUUUUAUCCACUAGAGAAAGAUUGUUCAGGUAACCAACAGAACACAACUUUACUGUCAACCAGUGUGGAAAAAAAAACUGAAAUACAGAACUGAUACUUGUUUUUUGUUUUUUUUCCACAUACUUGUAUAAAAAAGUCCUGUCUGUUCUUAACCUUUAUUUGUUCAUCUUGUUGUCUUUGUUCUUAGCUUUUGUGUUUAUUCCUGCAUAUGCACAUAGAGAGCAAAGAAAAAAACUUGCGUCAGAUUCCUUGUAUUGUAUUGUGUGUACACAUACUUGCCCAAUAUUCUGAAUAUGGUCACAAAAUACUAUUGAAGUGUAAACUAGACAUUUAUAAAGAAUACAAAAAAAAGCAUUCCUCAACAUGUCUUUCAGUGAUGGUUACUAUUAUUUUAAUCUAAUAUUUUAUAUAAUGUGCAAUAGCUUCAGAGGUCAGCAAGGCUUUAUCUGACCUUUCUCUCGUCUU